AAGGCGAGCCCGCCGUGUGGUCGUGUGCGUGUGUUUAUCAGGCGCGGCGGCGGCCCCUCUCCUCUCCGGGUUUGAGGAGGGGAACAUGGCGGACUCGCAGGUGGAGAUUGUGGAGGGCUGCCGGCUCCCGGUGUUGAGGAAAAAUCAGGAAAAUGAAGACGAGUGGCCGCUGGCUGAAAUCCUCAGCGUCAAGGAGAUCACAGGGAGGAAGCUGUACUAUGUCCAUUACAUUGACUUUAACAAGCGCUUGGACGAAUGGGUGACCCCGGACAGACUGGAUUUAAAGAAACUCCAGUUCCCUAAAAAGGAAGCCAAAACUCCCACCAAGAAUGGGCUGCCCGGCUCCCGGCCGAACUCGCCCGAGCGAGACGUGAGGAAGAGUCUCGAUCUCGCUCUUCAAACUGCUUCCGAUCCAUCCAGAGGCAAAACCGCCCCCACGCCGAAGAGGAAGGUGGAGCCUGUCUCCCUGGUGACCCAGGUGUCGCCAGCCACUCCUGUGGCCUCCCUGCCAGCCUCCACGGAAACCACACAGGCCUCCGUGUACCCGCUGGUGAGAGACGCCGGCUUCACGCCCAAAUCUGCAGCCGGCAGGACAGAGGCGCGAGAGGACCACGAGCAACUCGGCACUCUCACCACGAAUGGUACAGCCCGCCGCCUCAUCCCGUCACAGCCAGGGAGGAAGAGGAAGGCCAGCUGUCUGGGGACCGAUGAGAUCAUCAAGGUUUUCCAGAAUAUCAACCCUCGAUGUCCCAGCGUGUUCCUCCCCCCUGGAGAGGACUCUCAGGACAGCUCGGACGGGAUCCCCUCGGCCCCCCGCAUGACCGGCAGCCUGGUGUCGGACCGCAGCCACGAUGACAUCAUCACGCGCAUGAAGAACAUCGACUGCAUCGAGCUGGGCCGGCACCGCCUCAAGCCCUGGUACUUCUCCCCUUACCCCCAGGAGCUCACCGCCCUGCCCAUCCUCUACCUGUGCGAGUUCUGCCUCAAGUACCUGAGGAGCCUCAAGUGUCUUCAGAGGCACCUGACGAAAUGUAACUUGCGGCACCCCCCGGGAAACGAGAUCUACAGGAAAGGAACCAUCUCCUUCUUCGAAAUCGACGGCAGAAAAAACAAAAUGUAUUCUCAGAACCUGUGUCUGUUAGCCAAGUGUUUCCUGGAUCACAAGACCCUGUACUACGACACAGACCCUUUCCUCUUCUACGUCAUGACAGAGUACGACUCCAAGGGCUUCCACAUCGUGGGCUACUUCUCCAAGGAAAAGGAAUCGACAGAAGACUACAACGUGGCCUGCAUCCUGACACUCCCGCCCUACCAGAGGAGGGGAUACGGCAAACUGCUCAUCGAGUUCAGCUACGAGCUGUCGAAGGUGGAGGGGAAGACGGGGACCCCCGAGAAGCCUCUGUCCGAUCUGGGGCUCCUCUCGUACCGCAGCUACUGGUCCCAGACCAUCCUGGAGAUUCUCAUGAACCCCAAAUCAGACACGGGGGAGCGGCCGCAAAUCACCAUCAAUGAAAUCAGCGAGAUCACAAGCGUCAAGAAAGAGGACGUCAUCUCCACUCUGCAGUACCUUAAUCUGAUUAACUAUUACAAGGGUCAGUACAUCCUCACGCUUUCCGAGGACAUUGUGGACGGCCAUGAGAGAGCCAUGCAGAAGAGACACCUCCGUAUCGACCCCAAGUGCCUGCACUUCACCCCCAAAGACUGGAGCAAGAGGGGCAAGUGGUAGAGGAGGAGGAGGAGGAGGACAGACAGACAAGCCAGCAUUCCUAAACCCGGGACUGCUGGCCAGCGGUCGCAGAGAACAUUAAUCUGCGUUCCUUCCCACGGACCAAAACCCCUUUCCCAGCAACCCCUGCUCUGUGCUUGCAAGCAGACGCCUUCAGACGCGGAUAGCGAGAGCCCAGCCCAGCCCAGGCUGAUAUAUGGAGAGGGCAGGGCAGAGGGGACAAGCUGUGUGCGCUGGCUGCAGGUGCAGUGAGACUGGGGCCACAUUCUCUGCACCCGUUGGGUUCACCUUUGAUUCUAGUCGUCGGACGUUGUAUCUUGUGUUUCUUUUUUUUUUUUUUAUCGAGUCUUUACACACCAUUUCUAAAAAGGUAACAAACUGACUUUGCAGCCUGCAGUACUCCUUAUAGGCAGGGCCAGUGUAGCUUAAGACAUCUUUUCUGUGACCAGAUUAUGUGAAUAAGUGUACUGUAUGUAUGUAUGUAUGUAUAUAUACUCCUAAGCAGGGUUGACGUCAAUUCCUUUUUAAAAAAUCUAUUUCUAUUGAAUCAAUUCAAAACUGAUCAGAAUUGCAGUUAGCAGUAUUCUGUUUGGAUUCUCAUAGCGGUAACAAAAUGACUUAAAUCUGAAGUCACUGUUGGUCAAUUAAAUUGUCUGCAAAUGAAAGCAGCUGCACAAUCGCAGCCAGUUCCAGUUCCUUCGAAAGGCAUUGCAACGGGGGAUUGAUUUUAAAUUGGAGUUGACAAACGGGAAUCGAUCCCAGCCCUGCACACAAAUUGCUAGUAAAGCUAGACUUUUAAAACGUGGUGUUAAAGGAGGCGGACAGAACGAUCACCGUUUAUCGAGACGUUAGCAGUGAUUUUGAUUAGUCUUGAUUUAUUUGUCAUAUUGAAAGUGAUCAUCGAUAAUAGAGAGAGGACUGGGAUAGGAUUUAGAAUAAAUCAGGAUUUAUCCUGAUAAUUAUCGUCCCUACCUGGUCUUCCCAACCCUGGUCCUGGGGACCCCCUGUGUCGUCUGGUUUCCAUUCCAACCGAGCUCUCAAUUACUGAACCAGACCCUUAAAAGAACUGAUCAUUGGCUUAAUUAGACCUUUUUAAUUGUUUUCAGUUUGUGCUGAUUUCAAGUUAGCCGUAGCAUUUUAUAAGUAGCUUGAACUGCAACUGUUUAAGAGCUGAACAAAAGUUAAAAAGAUCUAAUUAAGCCAAUGAUCAGUCCAGCGAAGGGUCUGGUUCAGUAAUUGAGAGCUCUGUUGGAAUGAGAGGGGGGGGGGGUCCCCAGGAUCAGGCUUAGGAACCCCCAGGUCUCUCAGACAUUGAAACAAGAGUAUCUGGAAUUACUUUCUGGAGGACCGGACGCUUUUAUUAGAGCGAGGAGGUCUCUGGACUAAACUUGGAUUCCGU